AUGGGUACCUUGGAAAAGCUAAGUAUAUUUAAAGGUCACAAACCUGAUGUCUGCGGAUUAGUAUGCCCAAUAAUACCCCUUCGGUUAGCCCCAGCCCCCCCGUGCCAGUCGGCUGUCAGCGGCACGCAGCAACAACUACAGCCGCAGCAGCAAGAACAGCAACAACAACCAAGGCUCUUGCUACAAAGAGAAGCGAACUCCGCCCCUCAGAGAGCGACGAGCUUGCCACCCACUUCUCGGCAGGCUUCAGCAGCCAUUUCAAUGCAAACUAUCCCCAAUCACGUUCAACACCGGCAGCAUCCGCAACAGCAGCACCCUCAGCCACAACCACAUGUCAACGGGGUGCAUAUGAGGCCUCCUCAAACGGUGCAACAGCUACAGCAGCAACAGCAAGAGCAGCAGCACCACUUGCUGUUUGAGCAGCAGAGACAGCGAAAGGCAGAGUGCCAAGUUGGGGACAGCCUGGGGGGCCCCUGCUGCGCCCCUACGCCAGCGGGUGGCCCGCGCUAUUUGGACCUUUUGCGGGGCACCACAGUACCUUUUGGCUCUUCCGCCUACCCCUCUUUCCCUCUCUCCAAUGUAGGGCCUGUGCCUCUGCAACCCUGGCAGCAGCAGCAGUGGAUGCAGCAGCAGCAGUGGAUGCAGCAGCAACAGUGGAUGCAGCAGCAGCAGCAGGCGCUGCACGCUCAACAGCAAAUGAGAUCCCCCUACGUAGCCCCAGUGUGUGCCGAGCCAGCGAAGCCAACGGCCACAACGCUGCGUCCUACUCAGCUGCUGCCCAUGCGGCUGGUAGGUGACCUUCGGCUCUAUGUUCCACACCGAGAACCCUUCCUCGGCGAAGGCGGGAGCGUUCACAUGUAUCUGCUGGGAAAGCAGGUGAAGCAUCUGGUUGCCACCGAUGAGGCAGAGGAGUGCACACGUGACGUUCUGGCCCUCAUUGACGCCCAGGAGGUCCCUGCAGACAGCACUAUGCCGCUGCUUAUACACAACGGUCACGUUGUCUGUGGGGGCCCCGAAGUCUGCCUUCGCUACUUGGCCAAAAAGCUCGGGCAGUACGGGGCUGACCACCUGAAGGAUGCAUUGCUGGACAGAUUGCUAACUGACCUCAGCGCGUGGUUCAACGUCCAGCAGGCAGCCAUUCAAGCCAUCCUCGCCCCCGACGCUACGGCCAAGGACGCCGUUGGAGACUAUCUUAAGAGCCGCCGCCAUUUCUACUUGGAAGCUGAAAAACUUUUGGCGUUCUUUAACAGGAAACACUUGCAAGGGGAGCCAGGAACUCGUCUUGACGCCUCUCUGAGAGGCCAUAGCAAAUCGCUGGAUGCCUCUCUGAGGGCCCCCAUGGCAACUCGCUUGCAGCCCUUCUUCUUCGGGGAGGAAGACUCCUUAGCUGAUUAUUUUCUUUUCUCGCUUGUUGACGAUGACCAGCGGAUUGCGGAGUGUCUCAGCAGCUGCACCAGCGGCGGUGAAGCAGCCGCCAGCGCAGAGCAACAGCAGCACCCGCAGCAAGAGCAGCAGCAAAACGACCAACAACGGCAAGAGCAACACAAGUCGGAGAACGCGGAUGUCGAGAUGCAUUUCUUCAAUGAAACACCCCACCUUCACACUCUGUACGUUGCGCUGCUCAACCUCCCGCUUAUCCAGGAGGCACUGCUCUCCAGCGACGGCCAGGAAGCAGCCGGGCAAGGGUCAAGAGCACCCGAGGACGGCAGUCUCGACACGAUGGGGGAGGCAAGGGACAGGGUGGGGCCUUGCGUGGCCACGGAGGCCUCGACAACUGCGUCUGUAAACGACUCUCCACUGCAGCAAUUUCAGCGGCAGCAGCAGCUCCAUUUACAGCUGCAGCAGAUGAAGCAGCUGCAGCCGAUAGCCAGCAGAGAUGCGGUGCCCCGGGAUUUGCUUGCAGGCAUGUCCGGCCCCUACAACCACUGUGGAGAAGGGCCCUCAGGAGGCCUUUCUUACUCUUUCUGCCCUUCUGGGGGUUCCUACUGUCUUCCCCGGACCCCAGAGACAGCAGCCACACUGCAGCAGACGCUGCCGAGUACCCUCACAGGGGCCUCCUUAGGGGGCCCCUGCUCGGCCUAUCCACAGCAGGUGAUGCCAGGACCGCCGGCAGCGACAGUGCCCCCGCUAACCGCGUCUUACGUAGGAGUCCCCUGUUGCUGGCAGCCACUUACUCCGGGACCCCUGCAGCGGCAGAAGAACCUACAGAGAGAAGACGGCGGCCUGUAUACAACCCAAAACAUGGUACACGCUUAUUCGCAGAUCCAGCAACCGGCAGGUCAAAAAGGGGGGGCGGCCCAGAGCAUGCAGCAGCCGUCCUUUGCCACCAUGAAUAUCUCAAGCGGCUUUAGCCCUCGGGUCGCGGUCGGGCAGGAGGCUGGAGGAGUUGCCAACUGGAAAGCCAUUGUUGCAGGCUUGCGUGCGCCUAAAGCUCCUACUAUACUAAGGCGUUGGGAGUUCUCCUACUGGCUUGGCAGUAGGGCGCCAUUACCUACCUAUUCAGGGGGACCCCAGCUUCACCAGGACAGCCGCAGCACCACUGACACUGGUAGGCGAAGAGUCAGCCCUAGUGCGCCUCACGAAGAGCGGCUAUCUAAAGGCCAGGGCCCCGUUAGCAACUCGUCCGGGGGCGGCGCGAAGGAAAGACGAUUUGGUCCUCGGCGAUCCGGCGAAGCCGACCUGAGAGUCAGCAGAGACAGAGACACAAACGCACAAGCGUCACCCUCCGAGGACCCCAACAUGCCCAAGACCUCUGCCUAA